AUGGUAAAAUACUAUGGAUAUUUGGUGAGCGAUAGCUGGCUACACCAACGAGCCCUUGAUGUGGGCUAUCCGCCCGCCAAGACACCCGAAGACUCGGAUGAUAUCAUCAGCCUUGCGUCGAUAGAUGUCAUGGCAGAGACGGGCGUUCUCUCCUACGCCAGAGUUCGUCGAAUAAAGACUCCCAAGGGCAAAUAUUUCUGGUGUAUUGCCCUCGCCUGUGACGAUCCUAUUACUGUUGGAGAACGAAUGUCAACCCGCCCGCCGCCGGAGGCAAAAUAUAAGGCUUUGAAGGAGGCGCUGGGAAAGGAUGGACCGCCUCACUGGUAUCGAGCUAUUUGA